UGUGUGAUCCUGGUUUGACAAAUGCAGAGGACAGGCAACAAUACCGGCUGGACAGCGGGCGGACGCGGUUGUAUCUGCUCUCCACAUCCUGGAAAGGUGCACGACAUGGAAAGGAGUUGUCCUUUUGUAGCACUAUGCUGAAAUCCUGGGCAGCCUUCCGACAAUGCUGGAAUUGGGCUCCUGUUCGGUCAGCUCUCAGUCUCUGACAGGGAACCAUAAUGCUUUGGGGCUACCAAGAACCCCAUCUGGGACACAGCAUCCAGUGGUUGGUCUGGGCGUGGGUGUGGGAGUGAUGCCUGGUAGCAGCACCCCCAGGUAUCAUGUUGUCCAUUCGCCCCUAGUGGGCUGCGAGACCUGGCAGAAGCAUCGCACAGGACUGGCUGGAGGGUCUGGCCUGUUUUCUGGGGGCCACUCGCUCCUGGAGCCCCAAAGUCUGUCAACCAGCUACGAUACCCUCUACCUCCCACAAAUGUCCGGCCACGCCCCCCUCUUACACCAAAACCGCCUGGGGGCUCUCUCUGAUGUGACCUCGUCCUUCGAACUCGGCGGGGGAAUGCUGGGGGUGGAUGGAGACGUGGCGGUCAGUCCCAAUGUGAUCAAGAGGCGUCGGGGGGGCCUGAUUCGAGCAGAGGGACAUUGUCAAAGCCACCAAGCUCAUAAGAUCCACAGCACACCACAGGCACGGCGCAAGGAGUGGGAAAUGGCCCGUUUCGGAGACGACGUCCCGGGUUUGUUAAGCUCAGGGGAUGGAGGAUCCGAGCGCAACCGGAAUCGCGACGGGGCGGCCGUGUCCACAGGUGGCAUCUCCCCAGCGUUCAAGCAGACCAAAGCGCAGCGUGCCCGCACCAUGGCCUUGUACAACCCCAUACCGGUCAGGGAGAACUGCUUCACCGUCAACAGGUCCCUCUUCAUCUUCGGGGAGGACAACAUGGUCAGGAAGUACGCAAAGAAAAUCAUUGAGUGGCCUCCGUUUGAAUACAUGAUCCUGGCUACCAUCAUCGCCAACUGUAUUGUCUUGGCUCUGGAGCAACAUCUGCCUGGAGAGGACAAAACCCCCAUGUCUAAGAGAUUGGAGAAAACAGAGCCGUACUUUAUUGGGAUGUUCUGCUUCGAGGCGGGGAUAAAAAUCAUCGCCCUGGGCUUUGUAUUUCAUAAAGGGUCCUACCUCAGGAACGGAUGGAACGUUAUGGACUUCAUUGUGGUCUUCAGUGGGAUCUUGGCUGCAACAGGAGCAUAUAUGAACAUUUCAGUGGACCUGAGGACUCUGAGGGCAGUGCGAGUACUCCGACCCCUCAAACUGGUUUCAGGCAUCCCCAGUCUGCAGAUUGUCCUCAAGUCUAUCAUGAAGGCCAUGGUUCCCCUUCUGCAGAUCGGCCUGCUACUGUUUUUUGCAAUUCUUAUGUUCGCAAUCAUUGGCCUGGAAUUUUACAGCGGAAAACUACACUACACCUGCACACCACAACCUGGAAUACUGGAAAAUGAAAUGGUGGACUCCUCUGAGUUCGAGUUCCCGUGCGGUGUUCGACAGUGUCCGGCCAACAACUGCAGUAAAACUUGGAUCGGCCCUAAUGACGGCAUCACCCAGUUUGACAACAUCCUCUUCGCUGUGCUCACAGUCUUCCAGUGCAUCACCAUGGAGGGAUGGACCACUGUACUCUACAAUGCCGAUGAUGCCUUGGGCCCCAGCUGGAACUGGCUCUAUUUCAUCCCACUCAUCAUCAUUGGCUCUUUCUUUGUUCUGAAUCUGGUCCUGGGAGUCCUCUCUGGGGAAUUUGCCAAGGAGAGGGAGAGAGUGGAAAACCGCAGGGCCUUCAUGAAACUGCGACGCCAGCAGCAGAUCGAGAGGGAACUCAAUGGCUACCGGGCCUGGAUCGACAGAGCAGAGGAGGUGAUGCUUGCUGAGGAGAAUAAAAAUCCAGGACCUUCUGCCCUUGAUGCUCUCAGGAGGCUCCCAGAGUGGAGUACAGGUAGUACCUAUGUGUUGAAGAGAGCCACCACCAUCAAGAGGAGAGGGAUGGAUGUGGGCAAUCGAGGCCAGCUGGGGGACGAACAAUACAGUGACAUUUCCUCUGUCGGCAUUCCCAUGGCCAGAGCAAGCAUCAGGAGUGCAAAGCGAGGUCCUGCAGCCUAUUUCCGCCGUAAGGAGCGUCUCAUGCGCAUUUACAUCCGCCGGAUAGUGAAAACACAGACUUUCUACUGGACCGUGCUAAGUCUGGUGGCGCUCAACACGCUGUGUGUGGCCAUCGUUCAUCACAACCAGCCGCUCUGGCUCUCAAACUUCCUAUACUAUGCAGAGUUCCUGUUCCUUGCUCUGUUCCUCACUGAGAUGUUUCUGAAGAUGUACAGUUUGGGACCACGUCUGUACUUUCACUCUUCCUUCAACUGCUUCGACUUCAGUGUCAUCGUUGGCAGCAUCUUUGAAGUGCUCUGGGGUUUCUUCAGACCUGGCACUUCCUUUGGUAUCAGCGUCCUGCGUGCACUCCGUCUGCUGAGGAUCUUCAAGAUCACCAAGUACUGGGCAUCUCUCAGAAACCUGGUUGUGUCUUUGAUGAAUUCCAUGAAGUCCAUCAUCUCCCUCAUCUUCCUCCUCUUCCUCUUCAUCGUUGUAUUUGCUCUGCUUGGCAUGCAGCUCUUUGGUGGCAGGUUCAUCUUUGAAGACUAUACCCCCACAAACUUUGACACCUUUCCUGCAGCCAUCAUGACAGUCUUUCAGAUCCUUACAGGCGAGGACUGGAAUGAGGUGAUGUACAACGGUAUUCGCUCUCAAGGAGGUGUCAAGUCUGGCAUGUGGUCCUCGAUUUACUUUAUAGUGCUCACACUUUUUGGAAACUACACUCUACUGAAUGUCUUUUUGGCCAUUGCUGUGGAUAACCUGGCCAAUGCACAAGAACUUACUAAGGAUGAAGAGGAAGCAGAAGCAGCGUUCAACCAGAAACACGCUCUUCAGAAAGCCAAGGAAGUUGGACCGUUGUCCUCCUUCAUGUCUUCAGAGGGAAGCCGGCGGAGGCGGCCCUACCUGUACAGAAAAAGAGCCAUCCACCGCAGUCGGCCCACCUACUCACGCUCCCUGGAGGAGGCCCAGGGCAGCCUCAGGGAGGGCCGCCCACCCCCCCCACUCAACCCUUCUAACUCUUUCAUGUCCAGGAGAGAGAGAAAAAGGAUGACCAUGUCGGUGUGGGAGCAGAGGACCAGCCAACUGCGGAGACACCGCCAGAUGUCCAGCCGAGAGAUCCUGUUCAGCAGCCCCAGCGAGGAGAAGGACGGGCCCCCGGGUGCCACUCAGGCCCAGCUCGGACGUCCACUGUCCCUGCACCGCAAAGCCAUGACACAACACACCCCCUCCAGCAGCCUCAAACGCCUUACAGACCCUCUGGCUUCCCCUGCAAAGAACCUGGCUUCAGGGUCAUCCGUGUCUGAGGACAUGCCUCUGAAUGCAGCACUGUCUGGGGACAUCCCUGAACCCCCCACAGACCCCAUGAACGUGACCCUUCCGGAUGUCGCUGUCUCUAUGAGUAUACCAGAGCCUCCUCCAUCAGAGCCCACCUCAGAGGGUGGGAAACUUGCCGUUCAUGUGAGCCACAGCACCAGCAGUGAGCGGCGGAGCCCCAGGCUGAACGGAGAACGUCAGCACAAGGCAGUAAAGAAGUUCAGACCGCCAGAAACCAGUGACAGCCUGACUCCUGACAUGGGUGGGCAUGUUGGGUUUAGGGGCAGGAGGCAUCACUGUGACCUUCAGAAGGGGCCCAGAAGUCGGGGGUCUUCACCCACAAAUGGAAGCAAGUUGACAAGUCGCUCCAAUAGCUGGGAGAGAAAGAAAAAUCAAGGAGACGCGAAGGAGAAGGAAGAGAAGACAGAAAAGAAUGAAGAAGAGUUUCAACCUGAGGAGGAGAGGCAAGAUGAGCAGAAAGAGGAAAAGGACUAUGAUCCAGCAGACGACCAGAUCACUGGUGUCCAAUGUCCUCAGACUCAGGAGGAGCCUCCUCAGCAUACAGAUUCACCUCCACCUGCAAACACAGAUAUAAAAAACGACAAGGAGAUGGUACAGAGUCAGGACAAACCUCAGCUGAGCUCCAGUGUGAUUAUCGAGGUGCCCAAUGUGCAGUCAUCCAUGGAGAUGUCCACUAUCACAGUCAACAACAAAGACUCCGAAGCCUGUAAGUCUGAGAAGGACGAGGCAGAGGAGACCAAGCCUGUCAACACUGUAACACCAGACAGCAUGUUCAUCUUCAAACCUGACAACCCAGUGCGUCGUGCAUGUCACUAUGUGGUGAACCUCAGGUACUUUGAAAUGUGCAUCCUGCUGGUCAUAGCUGCAAGUAGUAUUGCACUGGCAGCUGAGGACCCCGUGGCCACAUCCUCCGACUGGAAUAAGGUCCUACGGUAUUUUGAUUAUGUGUUCACUGGAGUUUUCACAUUUGAAAUGAUUAUAAAGAUGAUCGACCAGGGUCUCAUCCUCCAUGACGGCUCCUACUUCAGAGACCUGUGGAAUAUCCUCGACUUCAUUGUGGUGGUCGGAGCACUGGUGGCCUUCGCCCUCACCAAUGUAAUGGGAAAUAACAAAGGACGUGACAUUAAAACCAUCAAGUCUCUGAGAGUGUUGCGUGUCCUCAGACCCCUGAAGACCAUCAAAAGACUCCCUAAACUCAAGGCGGUGUUCGACUGUGUGGUGACGUCUCUGAAGAACGUCUUCAACAUCCUAAUUGUGUACAAGCUUUUUAUGUUCAUCUUUGCCGUCAUAGCUGUUCAACUCUUCAAGGGGAAGUUUUUCUACUGCACAGACAGUUCGAAGGACACGGAGAAGGACUGCCAGGGUUACUACAUUGACUAUGGAAAGGAUAAAAAAGAAGUGAAGAGAAGAGACUGGAAGAGGCAUGAGUUCCACUAUGAUAAUGUCAUCUGGGCCUUGCUCACGCUCUUCACCGUUUCCACCGGAGAGGGUUGGCCUCAGGUCCUGCAGCAUUCAGUCGAUGUAACAGAGGAGGACAAAGGCCCGAGUCACGGCAACAGGAUGGAGAUGUCUAUUUUUUACGUCAUCUAUUUCGUCGUCUUUCCUUUCUUCUUUGUCAACAUAUUUGUUGCCCUCAUCAUCAUCACCUUUCAGGAGCAAGGGGAUAAGAUGAUGGAGGAGUGCAGCCUGGAGAAGAAUGAGAGGGCGUGCAUAGACUUUGCCAUCAGUGCCAAACCCCUGACCCGUUACAUGCCCCAGAACCGACACACUUUCCAGUACCGCCUCUGGCAUUUUGUGGUAUCUCCCUCUUUUGAGUACACCGUUCUGGCAAUGAUUGCUCUCAACACCAUCGUACUGAUGAUGAAGUAUUACUCUGCCCCGCCGACAUAUGAGGCUGUACUGAAGCACCUGAACACAGCCUUCACUGUUCUCUUCUCUGUCGAGUGUGUGCUCAAGAUCCUGGCCUUCGGCUCUUUGAACUACUUUCGAGACACGUGGAAUAUUUUUGACUUCAUCACCGUCCUGGGAAGCAUCACUGAGAUAGUGAUAGACUUUCAGUUUGAGGAUACACUCAACAUGAGUUUCUUGAAGCUUUUCCGAGCAGCUCGACUGAUCAAACUUCUGAGACAAGGCUACACCAUCCGCAUCCUUCUGUGGACGUUUGUCCAGUCCUUCAAGGCACUGCCUUAUGUCUGCCUGCUCAUCGCCAUGCUCUUCUUCAUCUAUGCCAUUAUUGGAAUGCAGGUGUUUGGAAACAUAAAGCUGAAUGAAGAGACUCACAUCAACCAGCACAACAAUUUCAAGACUUUCUCUAGUGCUCUGAUGUUGCUCUUCAGGAGUGCCACAGGGGAGUCAUGGCAGGAGAUCAUGCUGUCAUGUCUGGGGGGUCAACAGUGUGAGACGGACCCCUCCCUCCCCCUGACAGUACUGACGUCUGACCAGGAGGGAGGCUGUGGCUCUGACUUUGCCUAUUUCUACUUCGUCUCCUUCAUUUUCUUCAGCUCCUUCCUGAUGCUGAACCUGUUUGUGGCUGUCAUCAUGGAUAACUUCGAGUAUCUGACCAGAGAUUCCUCCAUCUUGGGUCCACAUCACCUGGAUGAGUUUGUCCGAAUCUGGGGCGAGUAUGAUCGUGCAGCCUGUGGUCGUAUCCAUUACACUGACAUGUAUGAGAUGUUGACCAACAUGUCACCACCUCUAGGCCUGGGCAAGAAAUGCCCCUCCAAGGUGGCAUAUAAGAGACUCGUCUUGAUGAACAUGCCAGUGGACGAGGACAUGUCUGUCCACUUCACCUCCACACUCAUGGCCCUGAUCCGCACUGCCCUCGAGAUAAAGAUUGCCAGAGGAGGGGAGGAUCGUAACCAGAUGGACCUGGACCUUCAGAAGGAGAUCAGCGUCAUCUGGCCUCAUCUGUCUCAGAAAACCCUGGACCUGCUAGUUCCCAUUCACAAAGCCAGUGACAUGACCAUUGGUAAGAUCUAUGCUGCCAUGAUGAUCAUGGACUACUAUAAGCAGAGCAAAGCCAAGAAACUCCGGCAGCAACUUGAGGAACAGAAACAUGCUCCUAUGUUCCAACGUAUGGAUGCUUCAUCCCUGCCUCAAGAAAUCCUAUGCAAUGCAUUCCUCCGGCACAGUGCAGGAUCUGCUCUCACCAGAGGAGGCUUUGUGGCACUCAGCCCCAUCUCUCCACAAGAGAUGUUCCUCCAGCCACUGUCCCACUCCAGAGAGGAGAAAGAGGAGGAAGAGGAGGACGACUACCGUUCCAUGUACCUCCCCUAUCGCCACCCACAUCAUCACCACCACCAUUUACACACACUGGUUUCCGACGUAAUGGAUUGUAACCAAGCAAUGCAUCAGGCCAGGCCGGACCCAGUCAUCAGAACACCUCAGCGGACAGCGUCCAUCAGAGCAUCGUCCAUGCCCAGACUGGCUGUAGAUCCACAGCCUGGCGUGUCCGCUGACAGUAAACUGAUGAAGCGUUCCUUCUCCACCAUCGGAGACCAGUGUGUGAACGGCCUGUGGCAGGAACAACACUCUCUGGAGAGAAUCAGUCCAGACAACACAUACAGACCACGGCAAAGGAGCUACAGAGGUCACUCAGCCUGCCCUAGAAUCAACAGAGAGACCAGUAGUCAUGAGAGGGGUCGAUCUAAAGAGCGACGCCACCUUCUGUCUCCGGAUGUUUCUCGCUGUAACUCUGAGGAUCGAAGCCGAGACCCUUCAACUGAGACGGGACCGUCCCGCUCACCCAGCGAAGGACGAUCACACACUGUACAGAGACAGGCCAACCCUUUAGGCAGCCCUGCUAAUUCAGCUUCUGAGUCUGGUACUCCUCGGAAUCGGCGCCAGUUGCCCCAGACACCAUCUCGCCCACGGCCUUACAUCUCCUACUCCCCCCUGGUCUGCCAAGCCAACCCCAGCCCCAUACCAGCAGCCUCCUCUGAGGCACAGCCCCCACCCCUGGACAGGCCCAGUGGUUCCGCUGAAGCCUCAGUGGGGGCUGAAAAGGCUGCACCGUUGAUGGCAAAUCAGGGUUCAUCUGGAGGUCAUGUUUCAGGACCCAGCCACCCAUCUCCUCCUCGUUACAUCUCAGAGCCCUACCUCCCAUUCCAUGAGGACCUCAGCAGUGGGGAGGUGGGCGACAGGCAGGAGACCCUCACCUUUGAGACUGCCAUGGCAACCAGCCUGGGACGAGCCAACGCCAUCAGCUCUGCACCUCAGCUCAGACACUCAUGGCAGGUUCCCAACGGCCAUUUUCGGAAGCACCUUGGUCAGGCAAGUCCAGCUGGUGCCAAUGAGCUGUUGAGCGACACUGAUGAAGAUGACCGCUGCUAAAACCCUGAAAAGGGGGAGGAGGAUGCACGUCAGGACCGGGACCCUCAGACCAAUCCCACAAAGGACACGGCUUAGGCUUCCCUGCAGCUCUGAGAGUAAUUCUCAGUAUGAGUAGCAUAAUAAGCAAGACUGAACGCCACUGAUAUUUAGUGUGUCUGUCUGAAACAUGACCACUGUGUGUGGACAUGGAUGUGUGUUCAUGUGUGCAAUCUUAUUAGAGCAUUCUGCCAAACACAGAAAACAGCAGAUGCACAACCACAAGUAGCUGUCAGUAGGCAAACAACACGUUGCCAUGCCUUCCCACACUAGUUGUUAUGUCGAUUGUUAUUUGAACAAAAUAUGGUGAGGUGCCAAUCCGAGGUGUUCAAACCUCUGCUUGAAUCCAAGAGACUGAUCUAAGUGCAUUUUGUGAAGAUGAACAUAGAGGUAGCAUGUACAAAUGUCAUACGAUGAAUGUAUUCAGCUUUUGGUUAUUAUGUGGAGGUGACUUGAGAUGGUCUGUUAGUUUUCAGUUGUGCAUAGAUGUAAAAGUAGCAACUAAACAGAAGUUGAUUCAGCCAGAUGUAAAAAUAACAACCAGCCAUUUCAAACACGUCCUGUUUACAAAGAGAAUAUCGACUUGGUUUUGGGCAUUACAUAGUCACUGAUAGAUUGAAAGUCUUUACAGAAAAGGAAGAUUAUGUGAGCUAAACUUUUAGUAAUCUAAAUCGUUCUGCCCUGUAUGAUGGUGAUAAUGAGAGUGUACAGUUAAAUGAAGCAGCACUGCCUCAUGUCGGACCUGUAGUGUGAAAAUGAUCCAAGUGCGGAAUCAGAGAUGUUUUUGUCUCAGGAUACUGGUGAUUAGUUUUGUAAUAUAUUGUCUUUAAAUCUUAAGAUGAUGAAUGUGAGAUGAGCACUGAAGGACUUGUAGGUCACUUAACUGUCCAACAUCAGAAGGAAGUGGAUCAGUGGAAAUAACUAACACGUUGUCCAGAGCUCCAACCAUCUGUUCGAUCAGUGGACAGCCUUUCUCCUUGUGCCGUCUUUUUUGUUUCAGAGGGACGACUAAAGCCAUUCACUUCUUGUACAUAGAGGGCGCGGAUGUGUCUUCUUCAGGAUGUGUUGCCUUCACUCUAAAGCGAUGAUCAUAGACUAUGAGAAUCAAACGUCCUUUAAACAUGUGAUGCAAAUGAUUUUGACCAUACGGAUGCUUUCCCACAAGUGGAAGCACAAAGACAGUUGGGUUUGUCUCUCUGUUAACUGCCACAUCGUUUCUGUCAACACUGAAAGUCUAACAUUACACUAUUUUUGUGUUCCAGAGUUCUAGUAACUUUCCACAUGCAUGAUGAUCAUAGUUAAAGUAAUGUUGAGAGAUGUGAAAGAAAGGUGUGUUUUACAUAGAGUUGCCUGAUUGUUCUUAUUUUAGUGUAACCAUGGCAUUAAAUGAGUUUAGAAGCCACAAAAUAAUUAAAACACAAAGAAGUGUUUUUUUAGUCCAAUUA